UCUUAAAGUCAUCGUGAAAUAUCUAAGUAAAACCUUAUUACGGCAAUUAGCGAUGAAUGUUAUUAUCUUGAGAACAGCACUUUGUGUGUUAUUGUAUAGUCUAAUAACUCUGAAUAUAACGAGGGGCUACGAACACGUUGGUCACAACCCGUGUAGUUAUACACAUUGCGGGUAUGGUACAUGUGAAAUUAAUAACGGGCAUGCGUACUGUAGAUGCCAGACCUGUUAUUCCAAUUCGUUCACCAGUUACUGCUCAAUAUAUAACAAUCCUUGUAGUGAUGUGUACUGUUUCAACAGUGGUAUUUGUGUUCCUACAAAUUUAAACGGAGAGUGUGGGUAUAGAUGUGAAUGCCCUGAUGGGUUUACUGGUACAUUUUGCGAUCAAA